GAAGGCCCGCGUCGUUAGGGAGCGUGGAAGCGGAGUCUCUGGUUACGGGGUCGGGCAAAGGUUAAAGGGCAGCCUCCAGGUGGGAGAGGGCCGACUUUGCGCAAUGGCCGCGUCUGGGGAACCCGGGAGGCAGUGGCAGGAGAAGGUGGCGGCGGCGGCGGUGGUGGUGGUGGGCUCCUGCAUGACCGACCUGGUCAGCCUUACUUCUCGUCUGCCAAAAACUGGUGAAACCAUCCAUGGUCAUAAGUUUUUUAUUGGCUUUGGAGGGAAAGGUGCCAACCAGUGUGUCCAAGCUGCUAGGCUUGGAGCAAAGACAUCUAUGGUGUGCAAGGUUGGCAAAGAUUCCUUUGGCAAUGAUUAUAUAGAAAACUUGAAACAGAAUGAUAUUUCUACAGAAUUUACAUAUCAGACUAAAGAUGCUGCGACAGGAACUGCUUCUAUAAUUGUCAGUAAUGAAGGCCAGAAUAUCAUCGUUAUAGUGGCUGGAGCAAAUUUACUUUUGAAUACUGAAGACCUGAGGGAAGCAGCCAGUGCCAUUAGCAGAGCCAAAGUAAUGAUCUGCCAGCUAGAAGUAACUCCAGCAGCUUCUUUGGAAGCCCUGAGGAUAGCCCACAGCAGUGGAGUAAAAACACUGUUCAACCCAGCGCCCGCCAUUGCUGACCUAGACCCCCAGUUCUACACUCUCUCAGAUGUGUUCUGCUGCAAUGAAAGUGAGGCUGAGAUUCUGACCAGCCUUGAGGUCGGUAGCCCCUCGGAUGCUGGGAAGGCUGCGUUGGUGCUCAUGGAAAGGGGCUGCCAGGUUGUAAUCAUCACCUUAGGUGCUGAAGGAUGUGUGAUGCUGUCACAGACAGAACCUGUCCCAAAGCACAUUCCCACAGAGAAUGUCAAAGCUGUGGAUACUACGGGCGCUGGUGACAGUUUUGUGGGAGCGUUGGCCUUCUACCUGGCUUACUACCCUAAUCUGUCCUUGGAAGAAAUGCUCAAGAGAUCCAAUUUCAUCGCAGCAGUCAGUGUCCAGGCUAUAGGAACACAGUCAUCUUAUCCGUACAAAAAAGACCUGCCCCUUGAUCUGUUUUGAUUGCUAUUAACUCCAAAAUAAAUAUACCUGGAAACAAAGUGUA